AUGGACGAAAAUAAUAAAUUUGUAUCCGGAAAAGAUAGAAACCAGCUGGUGAAAUUCAUAACCGAGAAGCAUGCCAAUCUCAUGAGACCACUCGCUCGUUACUAUUCCGCAUUUAAAGAUGCUAUGGUUAGUGGUAAAAGAAGAUAUACGCUUGUUAAAGAUGUAGACGACAUGGAAACAGGAGCUUACGACAAACCUCUCCCUUGCUUUGGUUGUGGAAUCGGAUGGUUCUCAUUUCUCCUGGGAUUUGUGUGUCCACUCUUGUGGUACUACGCUACGUUUCUUUAUUUCGGCAACUAUUACCGGAGAGAUCCCAGAGAAAGAGCUGGUCUUGCUGCUUCCGCAAUCACUGCGAUGGGAUUCUCUCUUGUGCUACUCGUGAUUUUGGCUUUACGGUGGUUUUAA